UUCCAGAAUUUAGCCCCUUGGCAGACAGAGGCUGUUGCUACCAGUGGUGGGGGAUUAAAUCUGGCGAUGCUGAAGUGCCCAGAAUUGGAGCAGUGCAACCGCCCCGUGAUGGAGCUGGUGUUUUGGAAAGAGGAGUGACAUUUUUCCUAAGUGUCAGGGACCACGCUUUCUCUGAAGAUGUCAGGCAUGAAAAGAAAAAUUGAGGAUAAAGAUCCGGACUAUGAGGAUAUCUCAGUCUGUCAUCAGGAUAAACGGUGUAAAGUCAGUGAACAUUCAGCACGUGAAGCCACUUUACAAAAAAUUGAAGUUAUCAUCAAGGAACAGUUUGCUGUGGAAAUGAGGAAUAAAGAACACGAGAUUGAGAUUAUAGAUCAGCGUCUGAAUGAGGCCAGAAGGAUGAUGGAUAAACUUCGUGCCUGCAUCGUGGCCAAUUACUAUGCUUCAGCUGUGCAGCCCAAGGUAACUGAGGGUCAAAGGCCAUACGAUUCCACUGUUUUCAACCACCCCGUCAUCAAGAAAUUUUUAGAAUCUCCUUCAAGGUCAUCCUCUCCAGCCAACCAACGCUCAGAAACGUCAUCCACCAACCAGUCAGAAACGGAUUCGGUCACUCACCAAGCUGACUCCUUUCUUGACAAGGAGAAUGAGCAGGAACCGCACUCUGCAGUGAAUGAGGAUAUCAAUCCUGAUGGGUCUGAAAAAAGAACAGGGAGGAACCGUGGGCAGGUUACCCCUGGCAUUCCAACCCCUCAGGAGAUAGAACAGCGGUGUGCUUACCUCACAACUAGUGAAGACCCUUCCCGGCUUUACGUCAAAAAGACAAUUGUUGUUGGCAACGUAUCAAAGUAUAUUCCCCCGGACAAGAGGGAAGACAAUGAUCAGUCUACCCACAAAUGGAUGGUUUAUGUGCGAGGUUCAAGGAAAGAGCCCACGAUUGACCAUUUUGUGAAGAAGGUCUGGUUUUUCUUGCAUCCCAGCUACAAGCCGAAUGACCUGGUGGAAGUCAGUGAACCACCAUUUCACCUGACCAGGAGAGGCUGGGGUGAAUUCCCAGUACGCAUUCAGAUCCACUUCAGGGACCUACGUAACAAAAGGAUCGACAUAAUUCACCAUCUGAAGCUGGACAGAACAUACACAGGCUUGCAGACACUUGGUGCAGAAACGGUGGUGGAUGUUGAACUGCACCGUGACUCUCUUGGGGAGGAUUACCUUCCCGCCUCACUGCCUCCUAGUUCCACAGUGACGUUGCUUUCUUCAUCAUCCUCCUCUUCGUCCACCUGCAGUAGGACACCUCGGUCUGUCACACCCACACAACCUGCAUUGUCCUCCACUCCCCCAAUAACGUCAGUGGGAGGAGUGCACAUCACUGCGGCAGUUUUGAGCUAUUCAUCGGGAAAGAUGUCCCAUGAUCCAUUAGGUGCCACUUCUGAAAAAGUUAAGUUGGAGAUGCCUAUCAAAAAAGAGCUGGGCUGCAGCAGUCACUCAGGACAUUCAUCCCUGGAGCGCACACCAACCAGGCCAGUGGCCACUCAGAAGGUGACAUUUGGAUCACACGGUAACUCUGCUUUCCAACCGAUCACGGCCAGCUGCAAGAUUGUUCCUCAGGAGCAGCUCCCCAGCUCUGCUGAUUCUCCGGGGAAAUCCUUCCAACCCAUAACAAUGAGCUGCAAAAUUGUGUCAGGAUCUCCGAUUUCAACACCAUGUCAUUCUCCUUUACCACGCACACCAACCUCUACUCCUGUCCACAUGAAGCAAGGAUCAUCUGUCUCUGUUAUAACUAACCCCUACAUUAUAGUAGACAAGCCUGGACAAGUGAUUGGAGUGCCAACGUCAAAUACAGCAGGAAGUCCCACAGCCAAGCAGACAGGCAUUUCACAAGGUACGCAUUCACCCAUCCCAAAAAUCCAUGGCAGCAGCUUCAUUGCAACAGCUGUUAAGCAGGAAGAUGCACUUUUUGCAGCUAUGCCCCCAUUGUGCCCCAUUGGAAGUCAUCCCAAGGUUCAGAGCCCUAAACCUGUGACCGGGGGUCUUGGUGCCUUCACCAAGGUUAUCAUCAAACAAGAACAAGGAGAAGUAGUGGCACAGCAGUCAGGGGUCUCAUCUGGGCCCACACAGCAGGCUGUGCAGCAGUUUGUGACAGUGAAAGGUGGCCAGGUCAUUGCUGUCUCCCCACAAAAGCACAGCAGCAGCAUUGGAGCAGGAGGCACUCAGACUAAGGUGGUUGGGAUUCCAGUGGGUUCAACCUUGCAGCCAGUGGUGAAGCAGGCGGUGGCACUGAGCGGGGGUCAGAUCAUUGUUGCCAAACCAGGCACUACGGUUGCUCGAGCUGUUGGACAGAAGCAGAUUGUGGCUCAGGGUGUGGCGAAGGCUGUGGUGAGCGGAGCAAGUGGAACCAUUGUGGCUCAGCCUGUACAGGCAGUCAGCAAAGUUCAGAGUUCAUCGAUUAUCCAGAAAUCAGGAUCGCAAAGCUCAGUUAUGGCCACAUUGCAGCUUCCAGCAACCAACUUGGCCAAUCUGGCCAAUCUACCCCCAGGGACCAAACUCUACCUAACAACCAACAGCAAAAACCCCUCUGGCAAAGGCAAGCUGUUGUUAAUACCCCAGGGAGCCAUACUGCGGGCUGCCAAUCCAGCAGGGCAUCAGUUACCGGGAACAUCACCGAGCACGACUGGCAGCAUUCAGGGCACUGUGGUUGGUGGGUUACCACAGCAACUGGGCUACACCUCAUACAUUCUCAAGCAGACACCUCAGGGCACAUUUCUGGUUGGCCAGUCGGUUCCUCAAUCCUCUGUGAAACAUGGACCUGGUAGUUCUACACCAGGAAUAACAGUGCAAGGAUCAACUUCCACGAGCUCCCAUCAACAGGCUAUCAGAGUAUCCACUGCCCAGAAAGCAGUGUUUGCACAGGUUGUUCCUAGUGCCCAGGCAUCCCCUCUGCAUUCAACUGCUGUUUCCUCGCUCGUACAUUCUCCCUCACCUGAUGGAACCACAAGACCACUCUCUGCAACUUCCCUCUCGCAGCCUGGCACCACCACCUUGCGAGUGACUGGAGGGGUCAUCACAGCGGCCAGCCUCGCAGCAUCGGCCUCGGGAACAGCAACAGCAUCCACAGGGACUUUGGCUCUACAGCCGGAGCCGACAGGCCCUAGCACCCCUGCAUUGUCUAUGGCACCCAUUGUCAAGGUCUCAGGACAGCAUCCAUCCCUCCUGGUAUCUCCAGUUCAGCUUGCUACCAGCCAAUCAACCCGCAUCAUCUCCGUUGGCUCCCAGGCAACAUCCAUGGUGACGUCUCAGCACAGUGGUGAAGGGCCGAGCAAGGUCAGCAGCUCGGGAGCAUCCAGUGUGGUUUCCUAUGAGUGUAAUUCUUCUGCUGGGAUUAACACCUCUAGUGGGAAAGCCAUAGAGGCACCAUCAGUGAAGACAGAACCUGGUUCUUCAGGGACUUGCUUCAACCCCGCACUCUGCACAGCCGGCACCGUGAAAGUGGAACGAGCAGGAUUGCAUGGGGCAUCUGAAAUGAUUGACCUUGAAUACAUUGAGAAUAUGCAACAGUUACUCUCGGCCGUCCUGAAGAAGUUGCCCCUGAUCAUGCCCAAGAAAACUGAGGACUCUCAUCCAUUCUGUGCCGUCUCUCUGGAACAGUACUAUGGUUGGAAUAUUGGGAAGAGGAGAGCUGCAGAGUGGCAGCGUGCAGUAGCUGUGAGAAAGAUCCUGCAGGAAGUGAUGGAGAAAUGUUCGCGGUUUAGCAGCACAGAAGUCAUGAAGACUAAACAGAUUGUGCACUGGUGCCGACAGCGUGGGUACACUCCCCCUGACCCAGAGAUUGCUGCUGCUGCUGCUGCUGAAGAAGAUUCAAUGGAAGAUAUUCUGACACAGAUAGACAAUGAGCCAGAAUGUCCUUCCACAUAUACUGGGGCUAGUGAGCUCUGCCAAAGGCUCACGGAAGUAGAGGACAUUCUCAAGGCUGAAUCUGAGAGUGACGAAGAGGUGGACAUCAUCAGCGCGAUUAAACCCUCCAAAGUGAAAAUCAAGAAAGAGCAGGAGGAGGUUGACGAAGAAGUCAACUUCUACAUGGGCACAGUGCCAGCCUUGGAGUAUGCCAGGGACACGGCUCAGCAGAUCGGUGUUACCAUUGAACCCUUGGAACUGGAGAGCCACAUCUUUGCCCCUGUGAUUGAAGAUAUGAUCAUUAAGGCCACUGAACAGUUUGUAAGUGACAUUCUUCGAGAGUCCUUGGGAAUUGCAUACCAGAGCACUCCUCAUAACAGGACACCCAAAGAGCUGAGUUUAACCGACGUGCACCAAGCCAUCUGCAACAUCUCUGUCUGCGACUUUCUCACUAACAAGUACAUGGGUGUUGUAUCAAGUGAACAGACUGUGCAACAAGAACGAUGAAGGGCCUUAAGCUCUCUACCACUCCAUUGUUGUUCCUGCAUUCGGAUAGGACCUGGGAACAUCCAAGCCAAUGUCAAAGGACUCUUUCCUUCUCCUGCCAGACCCACAGUGGGAGAGAGUGUCACUGUGCUGCUACGAAAUAUAAGUCUUCCGCAUUCUCCGUGGAGCUGCAGGAGAUUCUGGGCCAAGUACUGUCGGGGAAGCUGGUGCUUGGAGAGAGUUGCAGGAUUAUCUGGUGUGGAGGCGCUUGUCUCAUUCUUGUUGUUUGAAUAGUUGGACAAAAACUUAAAGGGCAAUACCACUAGUGACAUGCCUCUCGUUGGCUCUACCACUGGUUUGAUGAAUGAAAGAAGAAACCGGAGCAACAAUCAGUUUGCACUUGAUAUGCAAUGCAGGAGGACGUCAAUAGAAGCCAUCUCUCUUUUCAGGAAACGCACCCCAUGUACCAAAUAGCAGUGGCUAAAGUGAUUUGUUAUUUUCUUACAACUUUUUGUUUGCAAUUGGUGCAGAUUUAACAUCAUAUUUUCUGUACAGAAAGUUAAAUUACCCCUUUGGUGUCUUAGAUUGGAGAGCAUAACAAUUUCAUUGUGGGAGCUUUCCAACAGCCUGCUAUUGAAUCUCAUGUGGGGCCUAGAUCUUGCCUCCAGCACCGCAGCAUUUGUGUAACACGUUGAGCUGAGUAGUGGGAGUUGGGCUCUGCCUCUGGCCAAAAAAAAAAAACACUUGUUGUUUUGAGCCGUUUGCUGAAACUUCGUUAAAGGGCAGCAUUGUGCAGUGCAGCCUGUUUGUCUCAAAUAGAUUCUCCUGUCUGUGUGCUGGUGUGGAUCAGAAUGGUUAAAACUGUUACUGAAUAAGAAUGCUGUUUGUUUAGGCUCAGUGGAAAAUGAAGAUGUUUAUUCUACCCUCUUUCGGAAAUCAUAGAUAGUAAAUUGAAGGUUCAGUUGAAUAAAAAUACUUGAAUCAGUGGAAAAA